CACAAGAAGAACAGAUCACCUGCGCCCCCUGCUGGAUGCCAGCAGAGAUGACAACGAAACGGAAUAAAUGGAGGCAACAAACUACACAUGAGACGUUAUUUUUGCGCAACUAAGUUGUCAACAGUGGCGGUGGGCGGAGCCUCUCAGCAGCCGUUAUGGAGGACACACAGGAAGAUCUUUCUCCCGCCCCCUCUGGCCAGAACAGCCCUUCCGUCUCCAUCAGCUCCUCCCCUUCCCAGUCCCUUCCCUCCACCCCUUCCUCUUCAUGUGGACCCCCCCAGACAGCCACGCCCCCUCUGUGCGUCAUCAGCGAGGGCGUCAGCGAGCUGAGCCUGGUGAUAGACCCUGAGGUGGCCCAGCGAGCGUGUCGGGAGGUCCUACAGAAGGUGAAGCUGGGGCAGGUGGACGCCGAGCCCGACCAGCGACAAAACGGGCCGGCGACGGACAAGGCCUCCCACGCUCCUCCCACGCCCGCCAUCAAGACGCCACAGAUCCGAGAGGAGGAAGACGACCCGACGGGCCCGGCGCCCGGCUCGGUGAAGAGCGCGCGGCGUCGGCAGAGACACAACCCCUCCAAACAGUCGUGGCUGCUGCGCCUGUUCGAGUCUAAGCUGUUUGACGUUUCCAUGGCGAUCUCCUACCUGCACAGCUCCAAGGAGCCCGGCGUGCAGGCGUACAUCGGGAACCGGCUCUUCAGCUUCCCGCACGAGGACGUGGACUUCUACCUGCCGCAGCUCCUCAACAUGUACAUCCACAUGGACGAGGACGUCGGCGACGCCAUCAAGCCUUACUUGGUGCACCGCUGCAGGCAGAGCAUCUCUUUCAGCCUGCAGUGCGCCUGGCUGCUGGGAGCGUACUCCUCCGACAUGCACAUCUCCACACAGCGCCACUCCAGAGGAACCAAACUCAGGAAGCUCAUCCUGUCAGAUGAACUCAAACCCUCCGGGCCCCGAGCCAGACGGGAGCUGACUCUGACCCCGUUCUGCCCCGCGGCGUCCCCCGGGGGCCUUACGACGGAACACGCCCUGUCUCCGUCCAAACGGACCCAUCAGCGCUCCAAAUCUGACGCCACGGUCAGCAUCAGUCUGAGCAGCAACCUGAAGAGGACGGCUAGCAACCCGAAGGUGGAGAGCAGCCAGGACGAGGACAGCGCUUCCAGCUCCGACAGUCUGGAGUUGGAUUCUGGUCCCCCGGUGCGCCUGGCUCCUCAGAGGGAGUUCAUGAAAUCCCUGAUGGGGAUCGGGAAGCGGCUGGCCACGCUGCCCACCAAAGAGCAGAAGACCCAGCGGCUGAUCUCCGAGCUGUCGCUGCUCAACCACAAGCUCCCGGCUCGGGUCUGGCUGCCCACCGCCGCCUUCGACCACCACGUGGUCCGGGUGCCGCACACGCAGGCCGUCGUGCUCAACUCCAAAGACAAGGCUCCGUACCUGAUCUACGUGGAGGUUCUGGAAUGUGAGAACUUCGAGACGUCCAACGUUCCGAUGCGGAUCCCAGAGAACCGGAUCAGGAGCACGCGUUCCGUGGAGAACCUGCCGGACUGCGGCAUGAUGGUGGAGCAGCGAGCCGGAAGCCUCUCUGUCGUCCCGAACUACGACAACGACGACGAGGCCUGGUCUGUGGACGACAUCGGAGAGCUCCAGGUGGAGCUCCCAGAGGGCCAUGCCAACAGCUGCGACAACAUCAGCCAGUUCUCAGUGGAUAGCAUCACCAGCCUGGACAGCAAGGAGCCCGUCUUCAUCGCCGCUGGAGACAUCAGGCGCCGUCUGUCCGAGCAGCUGGCCCAGGCCCCCACCACCUUCAAACGGGACCCGGAGGACCCGUCAGCUGUGGCCCUGAAGGAGCCUUGGGAGGAGAAGGUCCGGAGGAUCAGGGAAGGUUCUCCUUAUGGUCACCUACCAAACUGGAGGCUUCUGUCGGUCAUUGUGAAGUGCGGCGAUGACCUGAGGCAGGAGCUGCUCGCCUACCAGGUGCUGCAGCAGCUGAAGUCCAUCUGGGAGCAGGAGCGCGUUCCUCUCUGGAUCAAGCCCUAUAAGAUCCUGGUCCUGUCCCACGACAGCGGGAUGAUCGAGCCCGUGGUGAACGCCGUGUCCAUCCACCAGGUGAAGAAGCAGAGCCAGCUGUCUCUGCUCGACUACUUCCUGCAGGAACACGGCGCUCAGACCACGGAGGAGUUCCUCACCGCUCAGAGGAACUUCGUCCAAAGCUGCGCCGGUUACAGCCUCAUCUGCUACCUGCUGCAGGUCAAAGACAGGCACAACGGGAACAUCCUGCUGGACGCCGAAGGACACAUCAUCCACAUCGACUUCGGCUUCAUCCUGUCCAGCUCUCCCAGGAACCUCGGCUUCGAGACGUCCGCCUUCAAACUGACGGCGGAGUUUGUGGAUGUGAUGGGCGGCCCAGAUGGAGACAUGUUUAACUACUACAAGAUGCUGAUGCUGCAGGGGCUGAUUGCAGCCAGGAAGCACAUGGACCGAGUGCUGCAGAUUGUAGAGAUCAUGCAGCAAGGCUCCCAGCUGCCUUGCUUCCACGGCUCCAGCACCAUGCGAGGCCUGAAGGAGCGUUUCCACAUGUCCCUCACUGAGGAGCAGCUGCAACUACUGAUCGACCAGCUGGUGGACGGAUCCAUGAGGUCCCUCACCACCAAACUGUACGACGGCUUCCAGUAUCUCACCAACGGCAUCAUGUGACCUCCGCCACACGUUCUGGGAAUUCUCCGCGCUUUUAGAAACUCUUCUUCUUUUAUUCCAGCUUUGUGUUUGUUCUCCUUUUUCUUUAGUUUCUUCUUCCUAAUUUUUUAAAUCUCCGUCUUCCUCCUCUUAUGCUUUGUUGUUCUGAACUGGGUGGAGGCUUCUGAUUGGCUGAUCAGCAGGACUUCUGGCCAAUCGGAGAGCAGCCCAGUUUUAGUUGAACUGUGAACAGUGAGCAGGACGUUUGAACGGACCUCUGUGUGUUUUCCAUGACUGACGUCUGUGAAUGUUUGAGCCAUUAAAACCAGCCAGUGUCCACCUG